AUGAGUAUGAUCGGUGUAUAUCAAGGUCCCCAGCCUCCUAAAAAGUCUCUUCAGGAGAUGAGUCAACAAGAACAAGCAGAAGAAGGAGCAAAAUAUUUUAUAGAUUUCAUGCAAUCGUGUCCUGGGAAAACAGCCAUGGCCGGGGUCAGUGGUUUCGGUCUUGGUGCAUUCUUUGGUUUAUUCAUGGCAUCUAUGGCCUAUGAUGUGCCUGUUGGUACUGAUGCUGUUAAGCAUAUUAGUGAUUUACCAUUCAAGCAACAAAUGAAGUUACAAUUUACCGAUAUGGCCAAGAGGUCAUACUCAUCGGCUAAAAAUUUUGGAUAUAUUGGUUUAGUUUAUUCUGGUGUCGAAUGUACUAUUGAGAGUUUCCGAGCUAAACAUGAUAUAUACAAUGGUGUUAGUGCUGGGUGUAUAACUGGUGCAGGCUUGGCAAUCAAAGGUGGUCCACAAGCGGCAUUUAUUGGUUGUGCUGGGUUUGCUGCCUUUAGUUUGGCAAUAGACAUGUAUUUGAAUAGUGAUGCAGCCCCACCACCAAAGAAUGAUUAUGAUAUAUGA